CCGGGGUUCCGGAAGGGACUUCUGGGGGAAGCGGGAGGGUGGAAACACGACAGGUUCGCGAAUUACACAUCAAGGUACAAGACGAGGGGCCUUCAUGUGUGCCUUCUGCAUAUGGAUGAGCCACAGGGUCACGCUGUCCCUCUGAAGAGACAGUUGCUGAAGUGGACCUAAACUCCUUGAGGGCUCAGCCGGCAUCUUCAUCUCUGCAUCCUUGCCAGUAUAGAGCCUGACACAUUUGCUGAAGAAGCUCUCAGGAAUCCCGUGCAGCUCGGAUGUCCACAUUUGCAACUCAGAAAUGUCACCAAGCCACUCCCGGCCUCCACAGACCAGUAACCAAUCAAGACAGUAGAAUGCCUGUGUCCCUCUCCCGAGCAGCGGAAGGCGGAAGUGGGAUAAGUUCCGUUCGGAACCUGUAUCCUAGGAGCGGAAGUACGGCCGGAAGUGGGCCAUAGAGGUUAGCGGCUAGAGCGACCCUGAAGGGAGGUGGCAGGAAAGGCGCGGAACUACUGCCGGAGGUGACGGAGCGGCGGCUCCACCCCUGUGUGCUGGAAGGAGAAUCUUGCAGGUAGCGGCCCGCAGAGUCUGGUCCACGCUCCAGACAAUCUGAGACCAGGUCCCCAGCUCAGUGCAGCCAUGAGUGCGGAGGUGAAGGUGACAGGGCAGAACCAGGAGCAAUUUCUGCUCCUGGCCAAAUCGGCCAAGGGUGCAGCGCUGGCCACACUCAUCCACCAGGUGCUGGAGGCUCCUGGUGUCUACGUGUUUGGGGAACUACUGGAUAUGCCCAAUGUUAGAGAGUUGGCUGAGAGCGACUUCGCUUCCACAUUCCGGCUGCUUACAGUGUUUGCUUAUGGAACAUAUGCUGACUACUUAGCUGAAGCCAGGAAUCUUCCCCCACUCACUGAGGCUCAGAAGAAUAAGCUUCGACACCUCUCAGUUGUCACCCUGGCUGCCAAAGUCAAGUGCAUUCCAUAUGCAGUGUUGCUGGAGGCCCUUGCCCUGCGAAACGUGAGGCAGCUGGAAGACCUUGUGAUUGAGGCUGUAUAUGCUGAUGUGCUUCGGGGUUCCCUGGACCAGCGCAAUCAACGGCUGGAGGUUGACUACAGCAUUGGACGGGACAUUCAGCGCCAAGACCUCAGUGCCAUUGCUCGAACCCUGCAGGAGUGGUGCGUGGGCUGUGAGGUGGUGCUGUCAGGCAUUGAGGAGCAGGUGAGCCGUGCCAACCAACACAAGGAGCAGCAGCUGGGCCUGAAGCAGCAGAUUGAGAGUGAGGUUGCCAACCUUAAAAAAACCAUUAAAGUUACGACGGCAGCAGCAGCUGCAGCCACAUCUCAGGACCCUGAACAACACCUGACAGAGCUGAGGGAACCAGCUCCUGGCACCAACCAGCGCCAGCCCAGCAAGAAAGCCUCAAAGGGCAAGGGGCUCCGAGGGAGUGCCAAGAUUUGGUCUAAGUCGAACUGAAAAGACUGCCGUUUCUUCCCUGGGGAUGCGGGGUUCCACCUGCCUGCCUGCCUGCCCCUUAGGAGUCCUCAGAGAGCCUUCCUGUGCCCCUGGCCAGCUGAUAAUCCUAGUUCAUGACCUUUCACCUCCUCUACUCCCAGGCAUAGAUCCCACCUUCUCUGUGGAGGAGGCCAGCACAGGUCAUGUUCUUCUUGGUACUUCCUGUUUCAUGUGACUUUCUUAUGUGUUUAUUGCCCCCUCUCCCAACAUGCUUGCUCUGUGUUUCUUUAAGAGCUCAGCAUCUGUCACUGAGUAGGUCGGUAGUCCUGAUGGGGCUGCUCUAUCUCCAGCAUAACCCACAGGUUCCUUCUCUGGUCCCUGCAUGCCUAAUCCCCAAUUCCUGCUCUCUAUCUGUGCCUGCUGGGCAGCAUCUAAAGAGCCAUAGGGUCCCCAUCUUUAUUUGCACCCCGAGAGUACUGAGAGCCAGUCUGCCAUUCUGGACACUUUCAUCCCAGAAUCCCGUCACACUACAGUUAUUUCUUCUCUCUCCGCUUGGAUCCUGGGAAUGCUGCCACAUUAAUGACUCCAGAGCCUAAGGACAGCUGUUCCUUAAGAUUGUAAGAGAAGGUUCUUUCUUGGCUCUGACCAUCUUGGAAAGCCAAGUGGCAAUUCUGGAAGAAUUUAUAUCUCCUUUUGUGAGUUUGGUGGGGAAGGGAAGGGACUAUAGAUUGUAUUAAAAAAACCAACAAAGGUAUGUACGCAUAUAUCUAUAUAUAACAUGACACAGAAAUAAAUCUAUGAGAAGUCUA